AUGGCUUCCCACUGGCAGAACCUGAUCAAUAAACGAGUUGCGCUCGCCAAACUCUGCCUUGCCACCGAAAACUUUACUACCUUCCACGUUCUUGCGGCACAGCAGGCAACAGCUCCAUCCGCUCGUGAUGAUUUGCCAGCUGAUGUCGUGAGUACUAUUGAUAAUCUUAAUAUCGAUACUGUCGAUACUGGCAAAAAAGAUUACAAGGACUUCUCAGACGAUGUAGAGACCUUGAAAGACCAGCCGCCAGACGAGGAGCUAUGGAAAGCGAAAAUUAAUGAGGGCGCCGAGAAAGCGAAAGAAAGAGCCGUUGCCGCAAUCGAGAAAGGGAGAGUUGACGCUAUUGCAUAUAUCGGGGAGUUACCCGAGGCCGUACGUGAGCCUGCCAGCAACCUUUGGAAUGAGGGCUUAACCACGGUUAUGGGCUUCAUCGAGAAUCUCUACCAAGGCCUGAAGGAUAUCAUUCAGGCCAUCAUGGACUUCCUCAAAGGUAUCUGGGACAAGAUCACGACCACUUGGAAUACAAUCAAGUCCGCCGCCCAAGCUGCUAUCGAUUUCAUUGGGGGUCUUUUUUCACUCAGUGCCCCCUCGGCCAAACCUACCUUUCUACCCGCUUCGACUUCGCUCUCUCAUGUGCAGCGCCAGAUCGGAUCCUACCUCAAGCAGCUCUCUUCCAGCACUGACCCCGUUUCCAGCGUGACUGUCAACAAGCAGAGUCGAGGAUGGGAAAUCACGGUCCUCUGA